AUGGAACCUUUGAAGCAACCACAGCCGCCACCAGAACCAAGAAGGAAAUGUGGAGCGCGCAUGUCUGUGCGUAUGGGACCAUGGUCAAGCCCGCUACCACCAAUGCCCCAAACAUACCCUCCUAUUCCUGAGGACCCACAAAUGGGUGGACCCUCAAAUACUGUACCAGUGGUUGACCCAACUCCUCAAACGUUUGUUCAACCACCACCAUCGGGUUUUGAUAACCCGAUUCCCACGUAUCCUGAUAUGACUGGGUACGACCCUUAUAUGCAGGCAGUCAUACACAAUGCUUUAUACCCGUCUCCUUACCCUCCUGCAUAUCCAACUACUAGAUAUCCGAAUUAUGGAUACCAGUAUCCUGCUAUGCCUCAACCACAGCCACUGCCACCGCCACAAAUAGAGACCCUUAAUCAGGCCUUGGAAAGAGUGAAGCAACUUCAACGACAGGCUGAAAAGAAUGAGAAGAAGACGAGCAAGAUCUUCAAAAAGCUCAACAAGAUGUAUAGAGGGAAGAAGGAUGAGUAG